AUGAGAAGGGUCAGGAGAGCUUGUGACGGGUACCGCAAGUGGUCUCGCACGCCCCGAAACCGGCCUUGCCCUGCAGCUAACGUUGCUUCUCGCAGACGGCUACAGCUGCAGGGGGCAGGGGGCAGGCCCCGGACAGAGAGCACUGACACAGCAGAACUGGGCCGCAGUCGGCAGCUGGCCGCCCGUGGCGCUGCCAAUCAGCGGGCGGUGGAGUGGUGGUCCGGAGUGGGCGCGGUAAUCAGGAAGCCGGGGACGGCUGUGGGCGGCGGCCAGUCGGUGCCCGGCGCCGCCAUGGCCAGCUCCCGCCGCCUCGCCCGCUGGGGCCUCGUGUCACUGCUGCUGCUGCUAGCGGCGGCGGCGUCGGCGGCGGCGUCGUCAGCGUCAUCGUCGGCGGCGGCGUCGGAGGCGGCGCGGCUGGCCGCCAGGAUUGCCAGCCUCGAGCGCCGCCUCAAGUCAGUGGAGCAGCCAGUGUGGGAGGUGUCUUCGGGCCCGGAGCGGUGGUCCCGCUGCACCGAGGGCCCGUGCCGCUGCCGGCCCGAGACGCUGAGCCUCAGCUGCUGGAGGAUGCAGCUGCGGGAGCUGCCGGCGCUCCAGCUGGUGCCGACCGACGCCCGCGCCAUAGACCUGGGCGUGAAUGCGCUGCCAGCGCUCCACAAGGACGCCUUCAAGGACCUCAGCCGUCUCGUCGAACUAGACCUGUUCGACAACAGCGUAGACCACCUGCCGCCUGCCAUCUUCGAGUCUCUGCACAGCGUCCGUCACAUGAGGCUCAACAGGAACCGCCUGGUGGAGCUCUCCGAGAGACUCUUCAGCAAGCUCGUCCACCUCGAGACGCUGGACCUGUCGUGGAACCAGCUGCGGUCGCUGCCGGAGAAGCUGGUGCGCUUCUGCAGCCAGCUGACCCUCCUCCACCUGAGCGGCAACCGGCUGGUCACGCUGCCGGAGGGGCUGCUGCAGGGGCUGGCGCGCCUCGAGGAGCUCGACCUGUCCGCCAACAGCCUCGAGCAGCUGCCGCCGCUGCUCUUGCAAGGUCUGUCGUCGCUGCGGCGGCUGCGGCUGUCGGACAACCGCCUGUCCGAGGUCCCCCAGCAGCUGCUGUCCGGCCUGUCGGCGCUCGAGUCCCUGGCGCUGCGGCGCAACCGGCUGGCGCGCCUCGGGCCGCGGCUGCUCGCCGGCCUGCACAACCUCACCGUGCUAGACCUCACCUCCAACAGCAUCACCGCCCUGAGCGGGGAGGAGCUGCGCGGGCUGUGGUGCCUGCGCGAGCUGCACCUGGGCCAGAACCUGCUGUCGCGGCUGCCCGACGGCGCGUUCGCGCAGCUGCCGGCGCUGCAGAAGCUGUUCCUGUUCGCCAACACGCUGGAGCAGCUGUCGGCGGGCGCGCUGCGCGGCCUGCACAACCUCACCACCCUGCUGCUCAACAACAACCUGCUGCGCGGGUUCGACGGCCGCCUGCUGGCGCACUCGCCCAGCCUGCUCAAGCUGCAGAUCGACAGCAACAAGCUGCAGUACAUCCCGGCGGGCGCGUUCGACGUCGUGCCGGACCUGGUGGCCAUCAAGCUGGCCAAGAAUCCCUGGCACUGCGACUGCUCCGCGCUCUACCUCGCCACGUGGCUGCGUGAUCACUCGUCGCAAGUGUGGGACGCCUGGCCAACUUGUCGUGGGCCUGGGGACCUGGGCGGUCGCAACAUGCACGAGCUGGGCUUCGAGGAGCUGUGCGACGGCCAGUGGGCAUCCAUGGUGCGCCUUACGCCUCGCAUUCCCGUCGCCUGAUGGCGCCACCAGCGGGCCUCCGAGGAGCUGCUCACGCAUUACGUCACCAUCGCCACGCGUGGAUCUCUGUGAAGCACUGCACAUGGCACCUCCUCAUCGCCCAGUGGUGCCACCAGCCAGCGUCUGUGGGGUGCCUCAUU